GGUCAGUGAGACCGCCACCCUUCCCUCCCCUCCCCUCACUCCCCCUGCCUCUGUCCGGGUUACCCUACCUCCGCUCCUCCCACCCAUAGCUGGAGAGAGAGAAAGUGAGGGCAGGGUUUGGCUGGUAGAUGCGCGAGUAGCGGUGUCGAGGCCAAGAAGGGGAAUGGGAGGCGACGGGAGGCCCAACGACGGCGGCGGCGGCGGCGGCGGCCACCCGCACCAGUUCCAGUACCAAGCUCUCCUCGCCGCCGUGCACACGCAGGGCCCCAACAACACACUCCCCUUUCCCCUUCCUCCCCUCAAUGGACCUGGAGCUGAUUCACCCACAAACAGUGCUGCUCGCCAGCCUCCGACGCCGAGAGGAUUCUCCGAUUGGAGCGCGUCUACCAGCGCGUUCACAUCACUCGUGCAGAACCCUCCUUCCUCCAACGCUGCCAAUGCAUACCAUUACAGCCUAUCCCCGUGCUAUGCUUUCUGGACCCAUUACAUGCUUAACAAGAAUGCAUAUAGCUACUAUCCUGCACCUAAUCAGGAACACGGGCACCCUUUCUACCAUGAUAACAACCAGGCUAAAGAUCCAGGUUCUGUACCCAGCUUUGGUCUUGACUCUUUCAGUACAACAUCCCUAGCACCAAACAUGUCUGCUCAUAUGCCUCCUAUGGAAAUGCCUCCCAUGGAAGGGCCCCUAUCUGUGAAAGAACCUGAACUUUCAGAGGACGUGCCUGCUAGAGUAGUUAGAAUUAAGGACGAAAUGGAAACCAGACAUGGAGUUGAACUUAAAUGUGAAACAGCUGACACUCUUCCAGAGUUGAAGCAAGGACAUGAAAGUUGUGCCACUAAAUUCAACUCUGGAGAAUACCAAGUUAUUUUGCGCAAGGAAUUGACAAAGAGUGAUGUUGCAAAUGUUGGAAGAAUUGUGUUACCCAAGAAAGAUGCAGAAGCUAGUCUUCCACCAUUAUGCGAAAGGGAUCCUCUGAUACUGCAGAUGGAUGACAUGGUGCUCCCGGUUACGUGGAAGUUUAAGUACAGGUUCUGGCCCAACAACAAAAGCAGAAUGUACAUUCUGGAUUCUACAACUGAAUUUGUGAAGACACAUGGUCUUCAGGCAGGGGACACCAUCAUUAUCUACAAAAAUCCUGUCCCUGGCAAAUAUAUUGUCCGUGGGGAAAAGGCCAUUCAGCAGACAUUGAACCACUAGAGUAUGCGGAUGCGAUUACGA